AUGGCCUCUGCUGUUUCAUCAACUGAUAAAACUAAUACAAAUCCGGAUGAUAGCCGUCUUGAAAUUUUCAGUCUCCUAUGGUUGGAUGCUAAUCCUAAAGAAACACGAGAUACAGAACAAAAAUUACGCUCUAUUAUUAAUCGUCUUCUAAAAUUUCAAGAUGUAAAAAAAUGUCAACAAUUUAUCGAGGGACAAUUACAAAACGAUCGAAUAGUAAUGAUUGUGAGUGGUGGUUUAGGACGAGAAAUUGUUCCUAAUAUUUACAAACUUCGGCAAGUUAUAUCAAUUUAUGUAUACUGCAUGGAUAAGAACGGUAACAAAAAAUGGGCGGACAAAUACUCAAAAGUAAAAGCUGUGGUUGUUGAACUUGAUGAACUCAUUUCUCGAAUUAAAGCUGACUAUAAAAUACAGAAAAUGGUGGAAGAGCCAUUAUCAAUUAAUUUUUUUACUGGUAAUUCAACAGCAGGUAUAGAUGGUCAAUUUAUAUUUUAUCAAGUUCUGAUCGAUUGUCUUUUACGAUUAAAAUCUACUGAAAAAGAUAAAGAAGAACUUAUUCAUCGUUGUAAAAAGCAAUAUGAGGGUAAUAGUAUGGAAUUGAGUAAUGUUAAUGAUUUUAAAACAACAUAUUCGUCUAGCAAAGCCUUAUGGUGGUAUACACGAGAAUCAUUCUUUUACAAAACUCUUAAUGCAGCUUUACGUACACAAGAUAUUCAUCUGAUAUUUUUAUUUCGUGCAUUUAUAUCUGAUAUUCAGCGCCAAUUAAACGAUGAAUCAACUAAACAACGUCUACAUGUCUAUCGUAGUCAGAUGAUAUCAAGUGACGAAUUAAAAACGUUGAAAAAAUCUUGUGGUCAAUUAAUCUCGGUAAAUUCAUUUUUCUCAACAAGUACUGAGUAUCAAAAAGCCUUGUCAUUUCUCAAUGUUUCUAAUGACACAAACAAUUUUGAACCUAUACUAUUUGAAAUUGAUGCGGAUCCAAAGAAUAUCACUUCAAAACCAUUUGCUGAUAUACGUGCCUGUAGUUAUUUCCAAGAUGAAUCAGAAGUUCUCUUCAUGCUUGGUUCUAUUUUCCGUUUGAAUAGCAUCAAUCGUAGUAGUGAUGGUCAAGUAUGGAUCAUUAAAAUGACGUUGUAUAGCGAGAAUGAACAUGAUUUAAAGCAAGUUCUCAUGUAUAUGAAGCAACAGCUUGGUAGUGGAGAAACAAAUCUUCGAAUAUUAGGAAAACUAUUAAUGAAAAUGGGAAAUUUCGGCCAAGCUGAACAAUACUUUACUCGCCUAUUAAAAGAACUUCCACCAAAUGAUCCAUUGCUUGUUAAAUUGUAUGAAGAUCUUGGCGAGGUGACAGCACAAGCUCAUAAAUUUAAUGAAAGUAUGGAGUGGCACAAGAAACUACUUGCACUCAAAAAUCCCAAUGAUUUGAUUGAUACAAGCCUUGUUGAUAAACGAAGUAGUUCUCGUGUCAUCCCCAAUCUACCUGCCAAUGCACGUUGGGAACAGAAUGGUGUCACUGUUGUUGGACACAAUGGGAAACGUGGUGACACUCACACCGUCUGUUAUCCGAAAGGUCUCUACGUUGAUGAUGAUAAUAAUCAAACGAUAGUCAUUGCUGACUCCGGCAAUAGUCGUAUCAUGCAAUGGAAGAUAAAUGGUACGAAUGGAAAAGUUGUUGCUGGUGGCAAUACCUAUGGCAAUGGAUUAGAUAAAUUAUGUUGUCCAGCCGAUGUGUUGAUUGAUAAAGAAACGAAUAGUCUCAUUAUUUCUGAUCAAGAUAAUCGACGAGUCGUACGAUGGUCUCGUCAUCAUGAUACAACUCAAGGAGAAAUCCUCAUCGACAAAGUCAAAUGUUCUGGAUUAGCCAUUGAUGAGCAGAGAAAUCUCUACGUUUCUGACUUUGGAAAACAUGAAGUUAGACGAUAUGAAAUAGAUCGGCAAGACAAGAAAGGAACUCUCGUUGCGGGUGGAAAUGGAAAAGGUUCCGGUCUCAAUCAACUCGAGUGGCCGAGCUACAUCUUUGUCGAUCGACAACAGAGUGUAUAUGUGUCAGAUCACAACAAUGAUCGUGUAAUAAAAUGGAUUAAAAAUGCAACAGAAGGCGUUAUUGUAGCUGGAGGUCAAGGCUAUGGUAAGGCUCUGACACAGUUAGCAUGUCCUACCGGAAUCUUCGUAGAUACGUUGGGUACUCUCUAUGUGGCUGAAGGAGGAGAUAAUCAUCGAGUGACACGUUGGCUUCAAGGAGCGAAACAAGGCACUGUUGUUGUGGGUGAAAAUGGUGAAGGAAAAGAAGCAAAUCAGUUCUAUCGCCCCGAAGGCUUGUCUUUCGAUAAACAUGGGAACCUCUAUAUUGCCGAUGAGUAUAAUCACCGUGUACAACGAUUUUCUCGUAAAUAA